AUGGCUACCUUAGAGAAACCCAAGAAAAAUAAAUCGAAAAAACAAAAGCCUAAACCAAAGGGAGUGGCACCGGUACAAUUAGAUACUGAUGAGGAGGAGGAUGAGGCAGAAGGUAACAACAUUAAAGAGGAGUUAAAAAAUCAAAUCGAAAAUCUGUCCAUUAAUGAAGAGAUUAUUGACCAUGUAGCGGAAGAAGAAGAGGAGGGUGUUCAAAAUCCCCACAGCAGUACUGCGAACAUUAAAAACAUAGCAACAAUUGUUGAAGCCUCAGCAGCGGCAACAAUUGAUAACAUAGUAACUCGGGAAUGCUUCAUUGCCUCUGAUUACACUAACGAAACUAGGGAUAACAAAGAAAAUGUUGCAAAUGAUGAAAUCGUAAGCGAAGCAAAUGAGGGAAAAGAAAUUUGUGAUGAAACAACGGCUACUACCCAGUCUUCCAAUGAGCAGGACCAUAUUGUAACUGAACCCACAGCACCGCCGGCAUUGAUUUCAAGUUCUCCCCAAACUUCAACAUUUCCCCAUGAUCUCAUUCAACCUUCGACCAGCAAUAUCGUUCAAUACCCUCAAAUACAAACACUGCGACAUGAAGAAUCCAUUACAGAAGUUGUCUACAAACCACCGAAAAUUCGAUCUCCUGGUUUUCGUCUUUCGGCAAGUAAAUUAGAAGCCUUCUCCUUGGAUCAACUAAAACAAUACUAUCAUUGUCCGGAAUUAACAAUGGUACAACAAUUCGAAAUGGAAUUUCUAACAAAUUCCCUAUUGGAGACGCAUGAGCAGGAUCCACUUUAUGUUGCUCUCCAAGAAUACUAUCACAUGCAAAGUAAAUUAACGAUGAAUUUACAUGAUGUUAAGAAAUUUCGUAAAGAGGCCGUGGCUGCCCAAGAGCAUAUAUGGGUGGAGGUGCCCAUAACGAAAACAUUUUCGGAAAAAUGUGGUGACAAGGUGGAAGUACGGGAAACUGUUACAUACAACAUUGUUCAAGUAGAUGGUAAAAAUUUAGAAGCUGCCACUUCUUCACUUACUGUUCUCUUUGAUAUCAUUUCAAAUACCUAUACAAGUAAUUUGAUUACAACAAAAAUCAUUAAAAUAAAGAUUGAUCAAAUGAUUGAUGAAAUAAUGUUGUUCCCCCAUAAAACACAUGAGUAUCUAUUGGAAGGACCUCUUAGACUGCAGCAGCAAUUAGAUAGCCAUUUGUUACAAAUUAUUUCACAAAUAAGAAGAGCUUUGGGUAUACUGUUUCAUUUCUCGCGUAAAUUAUCACCAAAUAAGGAUUUUGCUGAGGAUCUCAAAUCAUGGUUUCAAAAACUAAUUUCACUGCAUUUACGUUUGGCCACCAAGGAAGAUCAUUGGUUUUUAUUAUUCAAUAUAUUGCGGUGUCCCAGUGGUAUUGGCGGCUGGGCUAGUGAAUAUGUACAGAUACCCUGUAAUACAAAAGACAUGACAGCAAUUGCCUCAACACCAACAGCUCACACGAAUGAAGUACCAUUGCAAUUAAAUUCACCCGAGAUUUCCCAUUGUAUGUCAGUGUUACAAGUACUACUUAUGCCCAUCAAAAAACGUAAUGAGUACCUAAAACAAUUUACACAAUCUCAAAAGGAAAUCACCGAUCCAGCUAAAGAAGAACGUUGGAUCUUAAUCGAUUCGGAUGGUGAAGAUAGUCAUACAGCUUCGGGUGAUUGUGUGGGUCUCAAGGAAAGUGAUUUAAUAGCUCUACUCAAUCAAAUACCAUUUGAGCAAUUAUUCAGAUCAGCAUUGAAAAUAGAAAAAUUCCUGGAUGACUAUAUCAUAGAGGGGGAUUUAAUUUCGGCGCAACAAAUGCUGAAAGUUUUGUCUUUCUUUUCACAACUCAUUACUGUGUUCGGCGACGGUAUGCUUACAUACAGUACCGAACGUUAUAAACAAUUGGCCAAACGUUUGGGUCGUUUAAUGCGCCACUCCUUGCAAUAUGUCUCAGAUUAUUAUGAAAUGUUUAGGCAAAAUAAUCUUUCAAAAGAUGUUGCUGUUUGUGAACGCAUAGCUUUGGAAAACAAUGCUUUGCUCUUGAAGGCCUGCAGUUAUAUUUAUCGUACACGCAACUUGGCCACCUGGCAAUAUUUUUCAUCUUUGCCAUUUCCUUCUAUGGAAGCGGAUAUUGUUUGGCAAAUAUUCUAUUAUUUAAACGUUGGUUUCCCGACAGAGUUUUCAUUGCCCGAAGAAGAUUACAUGGAUUAUUUUAGUGCCUCAGAUUUCUGGGCUAAAUUCAAUGUGGCCAAUGCCGAUUCAUCCGAUGAAGAUCUCUAUUAUUUACUACAAGCUUUCUUUGAAAUGGCCAAUGAUCGGGAUAAAAAUAAAGAUUGGGAUUUAAUUAAGACAAUUUGUAUGCAUAUUUUCAAUAUCGGUUAUCUGAAUCAUGAUACACGUGAUAUUUGCUAUAAAACCGCUCGUGAUAUGCUGGUCAAUUUAACACUGGCCUAUGAAGAUUUACUAUCAUGUCUACUGACCCAACUGAAGAUACGUUUCAAUGAUUGUGAAAAUGUGGUAUAUCUCUUCAAGUCAUUACCACUGGAAAAUUGGAAACCCUCCAUGGAAAGUUUUGAAAUUCUUUCCAAUUGGCUGUUACAUUUCGAUUUUAGAUCUCGAGAGAAUAUGUUAGCACGUAUUAUUAUAAGCCAUUUGAAUUGGUCUUUUGAUUGUGAUGGUCGCCUGUUCCUGCCACACAAUAUACAUGUUCGCAUGGCAUGUCUUAUAGCAGAGGCAUUGACCAAACAUGCUCCCGAAGUAUUGGGUCUAUCGGGUAUAUCCGAAAGUGUUAGACAGGUGUCAAGUCUUAUUGAUUUCUCACAAUCGACAAAGGAACAAUUUACCACCUGGUGUUGGAGUAUUGUGUCGCUGUUGCGUUUACACAUAAUGGAUCAAAAUGUAGAGACCAUAAAAAGUUGUUUGCGCAACCCGUCCGAGGGUCUUAUGUUUGUACCGGAAUUGGAACGUGUUGACCUAAUAUAUCAGGGUGUUAAUGAAAAUCGUCCAUUGGCUUUAUAUGUGGCAAUUUUGGUAUCAUUGCAUGGCCAUUCGAUACCAAUUAUUUGUCAAAAGGGGUUUGAUUUAAUGCAACGUUUAUUGAGUGAUCAUCGUCAUGCAGCUGUUAUUCGGUGUUUGGAGUUGAUAGUACCACUGUUUUUGGAAACCCCUGAUACCCUGGGAAAUGCAGAGAAAUUUCAUGGUAUUCUCAAUACCCUACUAAAUGCUGAUAAGACAUAUUUGAAAAUGGCCAAAGAUAUGGUAUAUCCGAAUUCGGUGGGACCGGUUUUGGAAUUGCUGGACAAUAUGAUACAUCAUCAAAUUACAUCGUAUACAAACUAUGGCCUGACAUCACCCUUAAAUCUCAUAAAUGUUUGGCUUAAUAGUUUAACGGCCUUGCCGAAUUGGCAAAACACCUAUGUGGUAUAUCUAUUGGAUAAAAUAUUACGUGUGGCCUAUCAAUUCCCCGAUGCCCACCUACAAUGUGUGGAGUUUUUCAAUAAUUAUUACAAAGACUGCAACGAAUGGAAGGGGGCCAAUAAAAUGUCCAGCCUGAAGGGUUUCUUUGGCGGCAAUCAAACAAAAAUACCAAUCUUAUCGGCAUAUCAACCCUGGCUGGCUUUAGUUUUACUGGAAAUUGAAUUUAAAACACAGGAUUCUUUUAUAUGGUCGGAAUUGUUACGGCAAUUGAGUUCUGCUGGCAGCAACAACAAUUUGGAUGCAAUCUUAAAGAAAACCCUAACCAUUGCCAAGAGGCCAGUGUUUCCGGCUAACAUGUUGGUCAUUUAUAAAUAUGCCAAUUUAGUUGCCAACAUGGACAUAAAUCAUGCACUCUUUCCGAUUGUCAAUCAAAAGUUUUUCGAACUAUUUCUAUCACGUGUCCCCACCAACUAUGAUGAACAUAGUUUCCAACAAACCUAUGGUGUCUCGGAUAAAUUCUAUGAAUACAAUGUACCGCUAAUGAAAAAGAUUAAAACCCAAUUAAAGGCUGCCGAAACAUUCUAUGACAACGAAGCGAAAACUCAUGCCAAUGACGAAAGCUUUAGUUAUUAUUAUCGUAAUUGUAACAGAAUUAUGAAAACCUAUGCUUUGUGGUUGGAAGAUACUGCCAUCAAUAAAAUGUCAAAAGAUCAGGAGUCAUAUCAACCUCAGUAUAAUGGUGAAAAACUAAAGGAGAUUUUCAAUGGACCAACUCAUCAUUGGACAGAAUUUUUGUAUUUACCAUUAAUACGCAAAGAGCAACGUUAUCAGGCUGAUCAAUGGGCACGGAAAUGUUUCCGUUUUCGUGCCAUAAAACAAUUGCGAACACCUUUGCAAUCGAAACCGAAAUCGACGCCCAUUCAACGUAUCAAAAGUCAUUUAAGUUCAUAUGAUAAACAAUUGCCGCCACCGAAAUAUAUGAAACCGGAUAAGCGAAUAGUGCAAGAAAUAACAACGGAUACUUUAAAAGAAUUGAAAGACAAAUUGAAAAUAUUAACAAAUACAGCAACCAAAUUCCAUUUCAAAACAUCCGAAUUGAAUUCAAUAAAUCGCAAUUAUAUGGAAAACAUUGUACAGCUUUAUAAAAUGGUGCCUUACGAAGAGAUUAAAAUUAAAAAUUGUAAUUCAUUGGUUUUCAAUCGUCGCUGUUCGAAUCCAGCACGUAUUGUUACAAUUCUCGAAAAAAUACGCAAAGAUGAACAGAUACAACAGAAAAUUGAUGCAUUCCGCGAGAGACACGAUAAAAUCAUCGAUGAAAUGUUACAUGAAAAUGUUGAGGAAUUUGCUCGGAGUGUUGGUGACAUUGGUCAAAUAAUACGUUUACUUUUGCAACAGGCAAACGCAACGCCACAUGAUGCCGACGAUCGUUUAAAAUGUAAUACGGGUAUUGCAUUUUUCUAUCAUGUCAUUGAGAACAUGUCGGAAAUUACAAUGAAAUUUAAUGCCACAAAUAAAUUCUAUUCAGAAUUGUUAAAUGAUUUGGGUGUUUUCAUUCAAGCCAAUCAGGAGGAUGAAGGCCUUAAAAUCUUGGAAUUGGCAUUGAAACGACCAAAUCUGUUGAAGUCCCUUGCUGGAGUAUUUGUACCAUGUCAAACCAGACCACCAUAUUUCUUGAAAAUGUAUAAAUUUCUCAUCGACUCUCAUCUGAAACUCUGUGAUACAAAAAUAUUAUUUGUUCUUUUUUCAAAGUUCGAUUUAAUUUUAUGGCUUGAAAACUUCACUCCCAAACUUUAUGAUAUCAAUCAACUGCUGCAAUUAGUACUACAAGGUCUGGAAUCAUGGUCGCAACCUUCCUCAAGUUUGCUACAAGAUCAAUUUCGUCGUCAUUUGGUACACAUAUUCGAUUGUGAUUUUCCCGAACAUUAUGGCGAAGUUAUGCAAAUGGUAUUGGAUGGCAUCUCCGAUAAUAAACUUAUGCCAAUUGUAUUAUUGGAUUUGCUCAAUAGCCUUCUGGUGAAAUUCAAUUGUGUACAAAUGCAUUUGGAUACACCGCAGCACAUGAUCCAGGCCAUAUCUAUGGAUUUUGCCCGCAGACAAACAUUGUUUAAUCUCAAGGCUGCCACAGACACGGUUAUGCUAUUUGCUCGUCAUUUUCAAAAGGAACGUCUUAGUCACGGUUUACACGGUCUCUAUCCGAAACAUAAAGACUAUUGUGGCCCCUUGGCCAUGUGGUUUGCUUGUAUGGGUCAUUGUGUUGUAGUCUCGGCCAUUUGUACCUAUCAGGAGUUGUUGGCGGAUCAGAUUUGUGAUUUAAUUUUUGGUUCCAUUAUUGAAAUGUAUUCACCCUGGCUUAUUACCUAUACCGAAGACACCAUACGACAAUCAUCGGCCAAUUGGAUUAGACAGUUGGUGGAAAGUGGCAAUGGUAAACGUUUGUUUCCGUGGAGUGAACAGCAUGCAAAAACAAGUAAAAUCAUGAUAAAAAAUUUCGUUCAAACAUUAAUGUUUAUUAUGGAAAAUUUACCAAUUUCCCACAAAAUAUUAUCCCAUUGCUUUAGCUGGUAUAUUCAUCACUUUGCCGUGCCCAAUAUUGAAAAUUACAUUUAUGGACCAAUUCAUGAAGGCAUUGCAGAAUUGCCAUGGGAGAAUUUCCAACCGCAACAUGAAUGUAUAGAUAUGUUGUAUGAUACUCUACAAAAGUUCCUACCACAUUCACAUGCAAUGUUGGGUCACAUAUUCAUACGCAUUAAUUGGAAUCAAUGGUUUGAAAAUACCUUACCGACAAUACCGGGAGCUGCACACAAAUCGCUUGUAUCUCGCCUAUUUACUAUUUUUGUAAAGAUAGCCUUCGAACCGAAUAUUCAUAUACAAAUUAAUACCAGUAAAGUUUUGGAGGAUGCCAUUAAAUAUCCAUGGUAUAUGGUGGAUUAUGGGGAAUUGGAAAAUCUAUUGAAAUGGUUUUGUACCAGUGUUGAGCCGACAAUUAUAUUACGCAUACCCGAGGAAUCGAAUUAUGUUGAUAGGGCAGUAUUGGAUCUAUUACGUUUAACGUGUGCCAUGAUGCCGGAAAUUGGCAACGAUAUGCAACAAAUUUCGAAUGCCACCGCCAAGCGUAUACUUUAUACCCGUUCAAUGAUACGUUUACAACGUCAAGCUGCCACCAAAAAUCCCAAAUUAUUGGCCACCAAGGAAGGCAAGAAGGUCUUUAAUAAUGCCUUUGAAGAAUUGCUGCAAACUUUAAACCAAUCAUUGGUUGCCUUGGCCAAUACCAAAUCACGUGAAGAACAACGAAGAGAGGCCUUAAAUGUUAUGCUGGAAAUUAUAUUGCCCAUGCAGACCCAAAGUGAAGAGACAUCAAACCUACACAUCGAAAGCAUUAUCAAAUGGCAGGCGACGACUGCCGAACCUGGCAACAUUUUAAUGUGCAGCGUAUUGUCGGCCUUGGGCCAUAUGAAAGCGUUCAUUGGUGGCGCCUAUACCCUACUGGAGUCCACCAUUAUUUUCUAUUUUCGUUCAUCGGAGACGAGUUUGGAAUGGCAUACACCAUGUUGGGUACAAUUAUUGCAAAUAUUACAAAUGUCUUUGGAAAAAUUAGAGCUUAUGCCCAUAAUGCGUAACUCUUCGAUAUUCACGUUGCACAUUUUCAUUCUAUAUAAAAUGGAAAAAAUGCCAACUGUGGGCGAUCAAAUUACCUUUAUGCAAGAUCUAUGUCAACUAAUUGAGAGUAUAAAAACUGAACCAGCUACUGAAGCUAUGAUGGCUGUGGUAUGGGGUGCCAUGAUUUCAUGGGGCUGUAGAAUAUUUUUGAGUGAACCACAAAAUGCCAAGAAGCCAUUGAUAAUGUUAUCAAGACAUCUGCAACAUUUAUCUACUCAAUCCGAGGGGUGGGGUGAUGGUCUUUUGGGAGCCAUUGGCUUGAAAAAGGAUAUUGUGACAAAUAAGCGUAAAGUGUUGACACGUUGUUUGGCCAUUGUAAUUCUAUCAAUAUAUCCCGAACUGAGGCAUUCCAUCAAUCGCAUUGAACCCAACGAAGAGUACUCAUCGUCUAUGCGUGAAUUAGCCAUGCUAUUGGCAAAUAAAAAGUUUCUAGAUGUCAAACCGUUGGUCGUUCAAGCAAUCGGCAUACUCGAAGAGAAUGCAAUGCCCAAAAUACAAGAUGUACCCCAUUUGGUUUGUCGUCUAAUUUCACUCUUUUAUUGCAAUGGCUUCCUAACCACAGUACCAGAAGUAUGGCAAUUAGAUUUUCAUAUAUAAUUUAUGCAAUUUAAGCUUUUGGCAACCCUGUCGUGA